UUACGGAUUUUGUUUUAACAAGCAACGUGUGCAACCGCCUUAACAUUUUGUUUUGUUUAACUUUCCGGCUGAGAUAUGGAUAUGCGUGGAUAUGCGUGUCCAUUAGAACGGAAAGUUUUUAUUUAAGAACACAUACUGUAAUAUUUUCGAAUUUCGUUGGUUUUUAACUUUCAAAGUCUAGUUAAUUUUUUGGGCAACCGAUUCAAAUUUAUCUGACUGGUGUUACUAAAAACCAAGGACAUAUUGAGUAGGUUCGUCAGCUGAUUGAAUAAAACUUUAAUUUCCGCGCGGUUAUCCGUCGUGUCGUCAACCAUGCCGACAAUUAAAGUAACUCCUUUGGGUGCUGGCCAGGAUGUAGGCCGCAGUUGUUUGCUAUUAUCCAUGGGAGGCAAAAACAUCAUGCUUGAUUGUGGCAUGCACAUGGGCUAUAACGAUGAACGCCGUUUUCCCGAUUUUUCGUACAUUGUGCCAGAAGGUGCCAUUACCAGCCACAUUGAUUGUGUCAUAAUUUCACAUUUUCAUUUGGAUCAUUGUGGUGCCUUGCCGUACAUGUCUGAGAUGAUUGGUUAUUCGGGCCCUAUUUACAUGACGCACCCAACUAAAGCCAUCGCCCCUAUUUUAUUGGAGGAUAUGCGUAAGGUGGCUGUCGAGCGUAAAGGCGAAUCAAAUUUUUUCACCACGCAAAUGAUUAAGGAUUGCAUGAAAAAGGUGACGGCCGUCACUUUGCAUCAAAGUGUCAUGGUAGAUAAUGAAUUGGAGAUUAAGGCCUACUAUGCAGGUCACGUGUUAGGUGCUGCAAUGUUUUGGCUGCGCGUGGGUUCACAAUCAGUUGUCUAUACGGGCGAUUAUAAUAUGACGCCUGACCGUCACUUGGGAGCGGCAUGGAUAGACAAAUGCCGGCCUGAUUUGCUAAUUAGCGAAAGCACCUAUGCAACAACUAUACGUGACUCGAAGCGUUGUAGGGAACGAGAUUUCCUAAAGAAGGUACACGAAUGUGUUGCCAGAGGCGGAAAAGUGCUCAUUCCGGUAUUUGCAUUGGGACGCGCUCAAGAGCUAUGCAUUCUAUUGGAAACUUAUUGGGAGCGAAUGAAUUUGAAAUUCCCCAUUUACUUUGCGGUCGGAUUAACGGAAAAGGCUAACACCUAUUACAAAAUGUUUAUCACAUGGACUAACCAGAAGAUACGCAAAACAUUCGUGCAACGCAAUAUGUUUGACUUCAAGCACAUAAAACCAUUCGACAAGGCCUACAUUGAUAAUCCAGGUGCAAUGGUUGUCUUUGCUACACCAGGAAUGUUACACGCUGGCUUAUCGCUACAGAUUUUCAAGAAGUGGGCACCUAAUGAGAACAACAUGGUCAUCAUGCCCGGCUAUUGUGUACAGGGCACCGUAGGCAAUAAGAUACUCGGAGGCGCCAAAAAAGUCGAAUUUGAAAACCGGCAAGUAGUUGAAGUAAAAAUGUCGGUCGAAUAUUUAAGCUUCUCUGCACAUGCGGACGCAAAAGGCAUCAUGCAGUUAAUACAAAACUGUGAGCCCAAAAACGUUAUGUUGGUGCAUGGUGAGGCUGAAAAGAUGCAAUUUUUACGCACUAAAAUUAUGGAGGAGUUCAGCAUCGAGACAUAUAUGCCUGCCAACGGCGAGACUUGCGUUAUAUCUACCCCUGUAAAAAUACCAGUUGACGCUUCCGUUUCACUGCUGAAAUCAGAAGCACGCAAUUACAAUGCCCAACCGCCAGAUCCUAAGCGUCGACGCCUCCUGCACGGUGUACUUGUGAUGAAAGACAAUCGCAUAAUGUUGCAGAAUUUGACCGACACGUUGAAAGAAUUCGGUAUUAAUCGUCAUGUAAUGCGCUUCACCUCAAAGGUGAAAAUGGAUGAUCCGGGACCACGUUUGCGUACUGGCGAAAAACUUUUCGCUUUGCUGCAAGACAAACUGGUGGGCUGGACCGUGAGUAUGCAGGAAAGUUGCACCAUAUGCGUAGAAACAGUCGAGAUUAAAAUUGAGGAAGACGAAAAAGAUCCAAAACAUAAAACUGUGCUUAUAACUUGGACCAAUCAGGAUGAAGACAUAGGCGCUUACAUACUGAACCUUCUCCAGAAUAUGUGUUAAUAUCUAAUUUUUUUUUAUUCAGUUAUUCAUCUGCCUUAAUACAAGCAGCUUUGCUAAUACUGAGUAAGCACACAAAGUUGAUAAUAAAAUAUGUUUUUAUUAUUGUAAGACAA